CUCCCGCGUUAGCAUGAGAACCACACCGCUGCGUGGUGCCGCCUGCGUCCGGCUGUUCUGCGCCAACUGCGGCAAGGAGCAGAAGUGGGAUGUGGAGGGCGAGCGCGCCAAGCCCCUGCCGGACCCCUCGGCGCCUGACGGCCUGAAGCGCACCAAGGACGGCGGCCGCCUCUACUACGACGCCAAGAACAGCACUUGCCAGUUCUGCGGCAACAUGGCCAUGUGCAACCCGCUCAGCGCCGUCUGCAUCUACUGCGACUGCGUCAUGGAGGGAUUCCGGCCCACGUACUGGAAGUGCACCAACGCGGAAGGCAAGGCCCGACGCCGGGUGCUCUCGGGCCCUAGCACCGCCGCCUCCUCCUCUACAGCGCCCGCGCGGCAGGGGAGUUCUGGCUCGAGCGCCAC